AUGUGGGUGGAGCCUUUUAACGCAUUUGUAAAGGAUGUGCAUGAAGAUUCUAUAACAGUUGCAUUUGAAAACAACUGGCAACCAGAGAGACAAAUACCAUUCCAUGAUGUGAGGUUUCCGCCUCCUGCGGGCUAUAAUAAAGAUAUAAAUGAAAGCGAUGAAGUAGAGGUUUAUUCCAGGGCAAAUGAAAAAGAACCCUGCUGUUGGUGGUUGGCUAAAGUGAGAAUGAUAAAGGGUGAGUUCUACGUAAUAGAAUACGCAGCCUGUGAUGCUACAUACAACGAAAUUGUCACAAUUGAGCGUUUGAGAUCUGUGAACCCCAAUAAACCCGCAACAAAAGAUACUUUUCAUAAAAUCAAACUGGCAGUUCCAGAAGAUUUAAGGCAAAUGUGUGCCAAAGAAUCUGCACAUAAGGACUUCAAAAAGGCAGUUGGAGCUUUUUCUGUAACAUACGAUUCCGAAAACCACCAGCUUAUUAUUUUGUCAAUCAAUGACGUAACAACAAAGCGGGCAAAUAUGCUGAUCGAUAUGCACUUUCGAAGUCUUCGUACCAAGUUAUCCCUGAUACUGAGAAAUGAAGAAGCCAGCAAACAGCUGGAGAGUUCUAGACAACUUGCAUCACGAUUUCAUGAACAGUUUGUUGUACGUGAAGACCUAAUGGGUUUGGCCAUUGGCACUCAUGGUGCUAAUAUUCAGCAAGCCAGAAAAGUCCCUGGAGUGACUGCGAUUGAUCUUGAUGAAGAUACUUGCACAUUCCAUAUUUAUGGAGAGGAUCAAGAUGCAGUGAAAAAGGCAAGAAGUUACCUUGAAUUUGCUGAAGAUGUCAUACAAGUCCCAAGAAAUUUAGUAGGAAAAGUAAUAGGAAAAAAUGGAAAACUGAUUCAGGAGAUAGUGGACAAAUCUGGUGUUGUAAGAGUGAGAAUUGAGGCUGAAAACGAUAAAAAUAUUCCCCAAGAAGAGGGAAUGGUACCAUUUGUGUUUGUGGGAACCAAGGAUAGCAUCACUAAUGCAACUGUUCUUUUGGAUUAUCAUCUUAACUAUUUAAAGGAAGUGGACCAGCUGCGUUUGGAAAGACUGCAAAUUGAUGAGCAGCUUCGACAGAUUGGAGCUACUUCUAGGCCACCACCAAACCGUACGGAUAAGGAAAAAGGGUACAUGACUGAUGAUGGUCCAGGACUUGGACGUGGUAGUCGACCUUACAGAAACAGAGGACACAGCAGACGUGGUCCAGGCUAUGCUUCAGCAAGCUGUCCUCCUUCUGCAGUAGGAAAAAAUGUUCAUAACCCUGAACCUACAAGGCACGUGCCAGAAGGAGACUUCCAGAAUCUCUGCUGGGGAGCUGGGACUGCCUCAGAUAUGUGGCCGUUUUUUGUAGCAGUGACGACCUUUGCCGUGCUCAGUCCCCGGAGCGGGUGA